GCGGAAGCGGCGCCGGCCAGCGGGGAAGCCUCUCUCCGGGAAGGGACGGGCAUUUCAGGCAGGCCGCUCGGCGGCGAUGUCCCCGCAGUAGCUCUCUUGCCUUAGUCCCCACGCUUGGGGGGCAGGGGAGGGGCAAUCCGGCCCGAGCGCUUGAGAUGCCCGACGCUGGGCGGGCGCUGCUGGCAUGGCCUCCUUCGCGGCUCCCGAGCAGCAGGACGGCGACAGCGGGGAGCUGGACCGCUCCCUUCAGCAGAUGCUGCGGGCCAUAGUGGAGGAGAGGACCCGCGUUAGCCUCCGCCACGAGAUCAGUGGGCUCGGGUUUUUCAAAGAUGACCGCAUUGUAUUCUGGACAUGGAUGUUUUCCACCUACUUUAUGGAGAAAUGGGCCCCGAGGCAAGAUGAUAUGCUCUUUUAUGUUCGCAGGAGGCUGGCCUAUGUUGGUGGAGAUGGCGUAGAAGAAAAGAAGCAGGUUGAAGUUGAAGUAUACCGCAGAGAUUCCAAGAAGCUUCCAGGUUUGGGAGAUCCCGAUAUUGAUUGGGAGGAGAGCGUCUACCUGAACCUUAUACUGCAGAAGCUGGAUUAUAUAGUGACGUGUGCGGUAUGUACUCGUUCCGAUGGAGGGGAUAUUCACAUCCAUAAAAAGAAGUCCCAGCAAGUCUUCGCAUCUCCAAGUAAACACCCCAUGGACAGCAAGGGCGAGGAAUCGAAGAUUAGCUAUCCAAACAUAUUUUUUAUGAUUGACAACUUUGAAGAGGUAUUUAGUGACAUGACUGUAGGGGAAGGCGAGAUGGUUUGUGUGGAGCUGGUGGCCAGUGACAAAAGCAACACUUUCCAAGGUGUUAUUUUCCAGGGAUCCAUCCGCUAUGAGGCCCUCAAGAAGGUCUAUGAUAACAGGGUGAGCGUGGCAGCCAAAAUGGCACAGAGGAUGUCCUUUGGUUUUUAUAAAUACAAUAAUAUGGAGUUUGUGCGUAUGAAGGGGCCUCAGGCCAAGGGACAUGCGGAAAUGGCAGUGGGUCGCAUUUCCACGGGUGACACAUCUCCUUAUGGUACAGAAGAAGAUUCAAACCCAGGCUCACCGCUGCAUGAGCGAGUCACGUCCUUCAGCACCCCUCCAACUCCAGAACGCAACAGCCGCCCUUCCUUUUUCUCCCCGUCUCUCAAGAGGAAAGUGACCCGAAAUCGAAUUGCAGAGAUGAAGAAAUCCCACUCAGCCAACGACAGCGAGGAAUUCUUUCGGGAUGAUGAAGAUGGAGAUUUGCAUAACGCAACAAACCUACGUUCCCGGUCAUUAUCUGGAACUGGGCGCUCCCUUGUGGGUUCUUGGCUGAAGUUGAACCGAACGGAUGAAAACUUCCUCCUCUAUGCACACUUGACCUAUGUCACGCUGCCGUUGCAUCGGAUUUUAACUGAUAUUCUGGAGGUGCGACAGAAACCGAUUCUGAUGUCAUAGCCAAGAGCCGUGUGCUGCUGCCUUGGAAAACUCGCAGCCAAGUGCCUAAAAAUAAAACUUAUCUCUUGCUGUCUUCUGUCACACGGCCGCCACUUGUGUCAGGAACAUGACUCUGAAAAAAAAAGGGAUCUCUAGGAAUUACCAGCCAAUCAAGAAGUGCCUCUUUGUUCUUUCCUCCCCUAAGAGAAACAGAACU